GCAUCGACAUUUUCGUUUGGCAGUCAUCUGGUUUCUCAUUUGGGUUUUGCUGCUUUCCUUGUUAUGGCCCAUAUCUAGAGGAUGCUCUUCUGCCUCUGAGAAUGGCCUUGGUGAAAUCUUGUGCACUUUAAACACAUCCUGCAAACCUCAGUGGAAUUGGUUGCUUACAACAGCCACUAUGUAUGUUGGUUUAGCAUCCCAAAAGUAAAAAAUGAUGAAGACGGAGUGUUCAGGGGAGAGAUCGACCCUCCGAAGUGCUUCUCCUCACAGAAAUGCUUAUAGGACUGAGUUCCAAGCAUUGAAAAGCACCUUUGACAAACCUAAGUCAGAUGGGGAACAGAAGACAAAAGAUGGUGGCGAGGCUUCUCAGCAAACCAGGGGGAGGAAAUAUGGAUCUAAUGUCAACAGGAUUAAAAAUUUAUUCAUGCAAAUGGGCUUGGAGCCCAAUGAGAGUGCAGGUAGCAUGGCAAAAAACAGAGGUAAAGGGGGUCCACUGUCGCCUCAGAGAAGAAUUAGGCCUAAAGAAUUUGUGGAGAAAGGAGAUGGAUCUAUUGUGAAGCUAGAGUCUUCGGUUUCAGAAAGAAUUAGUAGGUUUGAUGCUAUGCACGAUGGUCCUUCUUAUUCCAAGUUUACUGAAACACGGAAAUUGUUUGAAAGAAAUACUUAUGAAACAGGCCAUUCCAAUCGCUACUCCCCAAAGAAAGAGAGGUCAGUUUCUAAUAAUGAUCUUCAAGACGAGUGGUGCAGUUCUAAAUCUAACAGAGGAAGUACAGAUUCCCUGGACAGUCUUAGUUCAAGGACAGAGGCCGUUUCCCCAACAGUGAGUCAACUUAGUGCAGUGUUUGAAAAUACAGAUGCACAACAAAGUAUUACUGUUUUAGAAAAAGCAGAGAACAACGAAGAAUACUCUGUAACUGGUCACUAUCCACUAAACCUGUCUUCAGUGGAUACAGAUUUAUCAUCCACUGUCACAAAGUGUGAUGAUUUUAGCCCCAUUAAAGAUGCCAACGCUUGGCCUCCUGUAGCCAAAGAAAGUACCACUUCAGUAUCUGUUGAGAACUCAAAGCAAGUCUGUAGUAAAUCUCCAUUGGUUAAUGAAAUUUCUAAAAGCACUUUACCUGAAGUAAAAACAAGUGGAAUACAAAAUAAAGGUACUUGCCAUGAUUCUGUUGAUACUUGUGAAACAGCUAAGCCAGAAUCAAUUGACAGACAGAAUGUUGGUGAGACCUUUACCAGAAAUAGGGCAGAAAUAGAGCCUGACGUUCUGUCUACAGAGCAGAAAAAGAUCUCGGAUGGAGCCGAAGCAGCAGAAAUAUUGGGAAACUUAAUAGCUGAUGAUGACACUGCAGUCACCGAAGCCUCACAUUCUGUUGGCACCUAUUGUGAAGAUAUAAAUGGAAAGGAAGUACAGGAAGACUUGAAUAAAUUUCAGAGUACUCAUGUGUAUAUGCACUCUGAUUACAAUGUCUACAGGGUACGAUCAAGAUAUAAUUCAGAUUGGGGGGAGACUGGAACAGAACAGGAUGAUCAGGAAGACAGUGAUGACAAUUAUUAUUAUGAACCUGACACAGAAUGUUCUGAAAUUACUGGAUUGCCAGAAGAACAAGAAAUCCCAGCAAACAGGAAGAUUAAAUUUAGUAGUGCUCCGAUUAAGGUUUUCAACACAUACUCUAAUGAAGACUAUGACAGGAGAAAUGAUGAAGUUGACCCUGUGGCUGCAUCAGCUGAGUAUGAACUAGAGAAACGUGUGGAGAAACUGGAGCUUUUCCCAGUAGAGCUUCAAAAAGAUGAAGAUGGACUUGGCAUCAGUAUUAUUGGAAUGGGAGUGGGAGCAGAUGCAGGCCUUGAGAAACUGGGUAUAUUCGUCAAAACUGUAACAGAAGGUGGGGCAGCAGAAAGAGAUGGCAGGAUCCAAGUAAAUGACCAAAUUGUAGAAGUUGAUGGGAUCAGUCUGGUCGGUGUCACACAGAAUUUUGCUGCAACUGUUCUCAGAAAUACCAAAGGAAAAGUGAGGUUUAUAAUUGGAAGAGAAAAGCCAGGGCAAGUAAGUGAAGUGGCUCAGUUGAUUAGCCAGACCUUAGAGCAAGAACGUCGCCAGAGAGAGCUUUUGGAACAACACUAUGCACAGUAUGACGCAGAUGAUGAUGAGAAUACUCAGAGAAAAUUUCAUGGAACCUCAGGCAACUCCAAUAAAAAAAACAACCGUUACCUUAAAAAGACAGGGGAGUAUGCCACUGAUGAGGAUGAGGAUGACAUGGGGCCUGUCCUCCCAGGAGGAGAUAUGGCCAUUGAAGUAUUUGAGCUUCCUGAAAAUGAUGACAUGUUUUCCCCAGCAGAACUGGACACCAGCAAACUGGCUCACAAAUUCAAAGAGUUGCAAAUCAAACAUGCAGUUACAGAAGCUGAGAUUCAGAAGCUGAAAACAAAGCUUCAGGCUGCUGAGAAUGAGAAGGUGAGGUGGGAGCUAGAGAAGAACCAGCUUCAGCAGAACAUCGAGGAGAACAAGGACAGGAUGAUGAAACUUGAGAGCUACUGGAUUGAGGCACAAACCUUGUGUCAUACUGUCAAUGAACAUCUGAAGGAGACUCAGAGCCAAUAUCAGGCCCUGGAGAAGAAAUACAACAAAGCCAAGAAAUUGAUUAAGGACUUUCAGCAAAAAGAACUUGAGUUUAUCAAGCGACAAGAAGCUGAAAGGAAAAAAAUAGAAGAUCUUGAAAAAGCCCACUUUCUAGAAGUUCAAGGUUUACAAGCUCGUAUUAGGGAACUGGAAACAGAGGUCUUCAGAUUAUUGAAACAAAAUGGGAGCCAAGUUAACAAUAACAACAACAUAUUUGAGAGGCAAACAUCUGUUGGGGAAGUCUCAAGAGGAGAUGCAGUGGAAAACCUUGAUACAAAGCAAGUGUCCUGCCUGGAUGCGUUAAGUCAAGAUUUUAAUGAAGCAGUCCCUGAGACAGAAAGGUUGGACUCUAAAGCAUUGAAAACUCGUGUUCAGCUUUCAGUAAAGAACAAAAGGUCAAGACCAACUAGAACAAGACUCUAUGACAGCAUCAGUUCCACAGAUGGAGAAGACAGCCUUGAAAGAAAGCCGCCGUACAGUUAUGGUAGUCCCAUGCAUAUUACAAAAUCACAACUGCCCAUGUGUGUGAGAACAUCCUCACCAGCAUCAGAUUCUGGUGCUUCCUCCCUUUCCCCUGUGGCUAGCAGUGCAACAUUUGCAUUUGACAACAUAACUGGAGACCAGGAUGAAGAACAGCAGGACAUGAGUUAUGUAUGUUCCCAUGGAGGCACUCCACUCUCCUCUCCUUCAAAAUCCUGCCAGAGCUAUGAAGCAUCACCUGUGCACCAUCCAGCAAGCAGGAGUCUCUUCCAUCAUGAAGAUGGUGCCACAGGUAUCCAGUCACCAAGAGCAUCCAGCCCUUCUCUGGGGCAUAUAAGAAAAAUAAAACAAACGUUUGUAGAUAUGGGGGCUCCCUUGAGAAAGAGUGCUAACAAAAGCAAGAAGCGAAGAGAGAGAGAACCAGUUAGGGUCUCUACUGGCUGCAGGACAACUAAGGAGCUGUUGGAGUGCUCAGCAGGCCGACCCUCUUUGAUCAAGCGGUCCUCCUCUCUCCCACAUAAUACUAUGGCAUUUACAUGGUAUGGAGAGAGCAGCAGGAGAUCUAAUUCUUCCAGCAAUCUGCCUUCACCUACCAGUUCAACAGAUCCUUCUUCCGAAAACCUAAGCCCAGCUAAAAAGGGGUCCAAGAAUUUAACUUUCACAGAUGACUUCAGUCCAAGCAGCACUAGUUCGGCUGAUCUGAGUGGUUUAGGGACAGAACCAAAAACCCCAGGAUUUUCACAUUCCAUAGCACUAUCAUCAGACGAGAGCUUGGAUAUGAUUGAUGAUGAGAUCCUUGAUGAUGGACAAUCUCCCAAACACAGCCAGUCCCCAAAUCGGGCUGUUCAGGAAUGGAGUGUGCAGCAAGUUUCCAACUGGUUAAUGAGCUUGAAUUUAGAACAGUAUGUUCCAGAAUUCAGUGCCCAAAACAUAAAUGGAGAACGUCUUCUUCAGUUGGAUGGUAGUAAACUGAAGGCUCUUGGUAUGACAUCUUCGCAGGACAGAGCUGUCAUUAAAAAGAAAAUUAAAGAAGCCAAAGUGUCUAUAGAAAAAGCACGCAGAGCUCAAGAGAAGAUGGAGAAGCAAAGGGAAAAGCUUAGGAAGAAGGAAAAAGAGCAACUUCAGAGGAAGUCCCGGAAGCUAGAGAAGCGAUCACCAGAUCCAACAGAGGGCACUAAUGAGCAGUGAUGCAUAUGAAUUCUUUUAGGAAUGAAGGCAUUCAAAGUUAAUACAGUACUGUUUCCUUUCAUCUUUGGGAACACUUUUGUUACACAGAGCUCUGUACCCAUAUCUGCGGGUUUAACUAGAAUAAAUGAGGAAAUGAACACUGUGUAGCUAGAGUUUCCUGCAAUUGCAGAACAUGUUGGUACUUUUGACAUAUUCAGCAGCCCCAAACUGACUGUGUUCUCAUGACUUGGACUGACAACCCAGCUGUCCAAUUUGGGGCCAGCACUGAAAGCCUUUUUGUUUACCCCACCCACCCCACCCUUACCUUCUGUUAUCCUCAUUUGCAUUGUACUGGUUGUGUCUGGUUCCUUUCUUAACCAGUAAGACUCAGUAUUACAUAGCUUGGUUUGCUAUGAACUCUGAAGUGCUACUGGAAAUGGGAAAAGCCCACUGAGCUUCAACAGACCCAUGAAAGCAAGUAAACUGAAGACAACUACAUAUUGGUUGCCAUUGAGUUUUAGGGGAAGAACUGCUUGUUUUGGCAUUUCAUUCUUCAGGGAGGUAGGCUUCAAUUCACCUCAGUGCUCAGAAGUGAUGCUGCUCUGUCUGUACAGAGCAGGGUUUCAAGAUUUGGAGACAAUACACUGGAGAAUACCAUGCAUCAGUUGCAGAGUCACCAGUCUUACUGCUCAUCAGGCAGGAAGGCAAACCCCCUUUCUCCCCCUGCACCCCUCCAGCACUUCUCAUGUGGAUUACACAGGAAGGAAAGCUGGGCCUUAUCUUGGUAUGCAGGACUAGAGAAUAACAUUUACUCUAUGGAGUGAGGCUGGAUUUCUAAAAGUUGGCUUGUGUCAAACCUUUCAGAUAACUGUUUUUCAUUUGAUCUCUUUAGGGAGGAAGUGUCGAGUAACAUGUUCCUGUAGCAUGUCAUGAGCCUCGGUUUUUCCCCCAGCAGAUACUGAACAGAAAACUGAUUUUUCCCCCUAUCUUUGGUGAGGAAUAUGCCCUACCUCCAAGUUUGGUUGUAUCACAUGGUGUGGCGCAAGAAGACUGGUGUGAGUAAAUGAGAGUAAAGAUGAGAGUGUUAUUACAGAGCUGGGAUUUGGCUUGCUCUAAUUCCAGAACCUGUUAAAGGAAAUAGUUUCCCUUGGUAUGCAGUGUGCACUUUUAAAACACAGGAAAGGAAAUGACAAGAUAGUGUGAGUUUUAAACUGUAAUGCCCUGUUAGCAGAGUGAUGUGCUGAAAAAGAAAUCUAAAGUAAGCAUAGAGGAAUAGUCAAGAUUUUUCUUAAAACAAAGUAAUGAGGUAGGAACCUUUUUGAAAGCUCAUUUUCAAAGUGCUUUCUCUGAGGGAAUUGAAGAAAGUCCAAUGUGGAUUUUUCUGAGAGAUGACACUCUUUAAACAGGAAGAAUGUAAUCCAGCUACAUUUGAGCAUGUUUAAAUUACACCAAUUUCAUUGGGAGUGAUUUAAUUGCUUAUUUAAAUCUUCCCUCCUUUGAAAUCACUGGCACUUGGAAAAAAAUAUUUAACUUUAGCUGGAUUGCAUCCAUCAGUAUCUUGCCAAAUGACCGCCAGUAGCCUAAGUUGUCUUGUCACACUCUGAAACAAUACAGUUAGGUUUGGAUCUCAACCAGCUGUUCUGUGGCUAAUUCAUUUUUGGCCAGCUAUUGAUGCUGCAUUUCUCAGAAUUAGGCACUAAAAGACAGAAAGGUUGGAUUCAAAUGAUGAAGACUCAUGAAUGGGUUCUACUAAUCCUAUUCUUCACUUCAGCAUCUAUGUUUGCUUUAAAGCCUGGCUGUACUUUACACUGGAGUUUCCUAAGCAAGUCUGUUAGAUAUGAGCGGUCAUUUCUUCUUUUCAGCUGCAACAGGUUUGUUGUGUCUGUGCUUUUAAAUACAUGGUCAUCUGUCUACAUGGUAAUGGCUGUAAUCCCUGGCCCCACCAACCCAAUGCAGUUGUUUUAUGUUACUGAUAACAUUCUGGCUAAAAUCUGCAGGUAAAAUAACAAAAGUCUGCCACCAAGAACACUUGCAUUAAAUAACUUGAUCAUUCUGGCAGUUCCUUGUGUAACCAGAUGAAAGAAAGAUCAGUGUUGCAGGAAGGACCCACUGAUUGAAAGAUCUGUUUCCCCUUUAGGGAGCAAAUGCAACAGGAAAUCUGACAAGAGACCUGGUCAAACCAGGUUUACUUAGGCAACUACAUGAUUAUAUUUAGGUAAAAGAAGUGUAUCUGGGAGAAACUGGAAAUGAACUAUUUUAACUAUGAAGUUAUUAAAUGCAUUAGAUGCUCACUUUUUUUAAAAAGUUAUGUUUACAUGCUGGUAAUUUAAAAUGGAUGUAUAUACUAGUACUGUCCAUGGGCACAUUCCUCUGCUUUAUAUUAUUUAUGCUGUCCCCAUUGUUUUUCUAAGAUCCCUGUGGAUUCUAUUGCAUUGUACAUUGACUUUGCAUUCUUGCUAUUUAGAACCAUGCAAAUUGGAUUUGCAGACAACUGAUUUGAUUUAUGUCCUGUAAUUAUUUUUUCUUUAUUGCUUCUUGAUGAUUUUAGAGCUCAGCAUUGAAUUUUAAUCUGACUUCUUUUUGUUGUUAUUGUUAAUGUAAAAGGCAUCCAGUUGUAAGGUGUGCAUGUGUGUGGAGGGGAAGACUCUCUGGUACUGAAGAAAGAAAAGCAUACGUUAAACUUGUGUAUAUAAGCAGGCAGAGAAGAAUAAGAAAGGCUGAGUUCUACUCUUCAAUGUGGAAACAGGAUAUAUUUUCAUGUUGCUCCUACUUCCGUUUUUGUGUGAAAUGUGUGGCAUAGUUACAACAUGCAUCUUUCUUCAAAUG